AUGGGAGGCCCGGGGCUACACCGGCGGCCUGCAGCCGGCAGCCGGAAGCAGCCGCAAGGAGCGCUGCUGCACAGCGGCGGCGGCGGUGGCGGCGGCGGCGGCGGCAGUGGCUGCGGCCCUAGUGGACUGCGCAGAGGGGGCGGAAAGGGUGGGGGACGGAGGCAGUGGCGUGCGGCGGAGGAUGGGGAGUGGGGGCGCCGGGGGAGCGAGCGAGAGAGAGAGAGAGAGAGAGAGAAAGCGACGCAGCGCGUGAGCCGGCAGCGCGCCGCCAGAGACAAUACGAGCAAAAAUACAAGUACAAGCCGGGGAGCCGCCCCCGGCUUCGAUGCCAAAUUCACAAAAUUGUUCCUCUCUUUUUAUGUUUGUUGUCAGGAGUGA